GCUUGCAAAAGCAAAGCUGGGAGCACAUCGCCAAAGCUGAGGACCCUGGUAAGAUCCCACGGCAGAUGUCACCCUCUACAACCUCAAAAAUGUCUCUGGAAAAGAUGUGGGAAGAGGUCACCUGUUCUAUCUGCCUGGAUCCCAUGGUGGAGCCUAUGAGUAUCGAAUGUGGCCAUUGCUUUUGCAAGGAAUGCAUUUCUGAGGUUGGGAAGAAUGGGGGCAGUUCAUGUCCCGAGUGCCGGCAACAGUUUCUGCUCAGAAACCUCAGGCCCAACAGACAUAUAGCCAACAUGGUGGAAAACCUUAAACAGAUAGUCCAGAAUACCAAGAAGGGAACCCAGGAAAUGCGCUGCAUGAAGCAUGGCGAGAAACUUCACCUGUUCUGUGAGGAAGAUGGGCAGGCCCUUUGCUGGGUGUGUGCCCAGUCUGGGAAACACCGGGACCACACCAGGGUCCCUAUUGAAGAGGCUGCUAAGGUAUACCAGGAGAAGAUCCACGUGGCUUUAGAAAAACUGAGAAAAGGGAAAGAGUUGGCCGAGAAGAUGGAAAUGGAUCUCGCGAUGCAAAGAACAGACUGGAAGAAGAACAUUGACACCCAGAAGUCGAAGAUUCACGCAGAGUUCGUACUUCAGAAUAGCUUGCUGGCUCAGGAGGAACAGAGGCAGCUGCAGAGGCUGGAGAAGGAUCAAAGGGAGUACCUGAGACUCCUAGGGACGAAGGAGGCUGAGCUGGCUGAGAAGAACCAGGCCCUGCAGGAGCUGAUCUCAGAGCUGGAGAGGAGGAUUCGUGGUUCAGAGCUGGAGCUACUGCAGGAGGUGAGGAUCGUCCUGGAAAGGAGUGGAUCCUGGAACCUGGACAUGUUAGAUGUUGACGCCCCAGACCUAACAAGCACAUGCCGAGUGCCAGGGCGGAAGAAGAUGCUGAGGACAUGUUGGGUUCAUAUUACUCUGGAUCGCAACACCGCCAACUCAUGGCUCAUCAUCUCAAAGGAUCGGAGACAAGUGAGGAUGGGAGACACCCGUCAGAAUGUGUCUGACAAUGAGGAGAGGUUUAAUAAUUACCCGAUGGUGCUAGGUGCCCAGAGAUUCUCCUCUGGGAAGAUGUACUGGGAGGUAGAUGUGACCCGGAAGGAGGCCUGGGAUCUGGGAGUUUGCAGAGAUUCCGUUCAGAGGAAAGGGCAGUUUUCACUCAGUCCUGAGAAUGGCUUCUGGACCAUUUGGCUAUGGCGAAAAGACAGUUAUGAGGCUGGUACCAGUCCUCAGACCACCCUCCACAUUCAGGUACCUCCAUGCCAAAUUGGGAUCUUUGUGGACUAUGAGGCUGGCAUUGUCUCCUUCUACAACAUAACUGACCAUGGCUCCCUCAUUUACACCUUCUCGGAGUGUGUUUUUGCUGGACCUCUGCGACCUUUCUUCAAUGUUGGUUUCAAUGAUAGUGGGGGAAAUGCAGCACCUCUAAAGCUCUGUCCACUAAAGAUAUGAUGGUCAGGAGACAGUGCCUACUGACAGUACUUCCCGGACACUUACCUCCUCCCUGUCCUGAUCAAGAUCCAGUGUCUCCUGGGGACCAUUUCUGGAUGUUGCUGCUCACUUCCUGUUGGUGUUCUUCAGCCAUGCACUUUGUCAUUUUGACCCAUCUAGUUGGAAUUACCCUAAACCAUCAUCUCUUUAAAAGAGUCAGGGUCCCAGAAUGAAGGCGUCAGCUGGACAUAACUAAAAGUCAAUGUCAACUGACCGUCACUAUCAAUAUACCUGACAUAGAUUCCGCAGUGAUUCCUCAAUAAAACAAACUCCUCACAUUGGACCCAAACUCAUCUAGCACAGACAAAUGCACAUUUCUGCCUUUGUGUGACUUCCUUUGUUUUCUCUGUCCUUGGUUGUUACCUUUGGCCGGAUACCUGUCUAUUCCUAUAUCUUUUGUAGCUUGCAGGAGGACUUCCUAAAAAUUGUGCUUGGACUAUCCUGUUCAGUUAUUAUUGGUAAAGCUCAAAAUAUUUGUCUUAACAUCUUUUGGUUUGGUUUGUUGUUUUGUU